AUGCUGUUCGUCGCGCUGGCUCUGGUCGUCCUGGGGGCCUCAUCGGAAGCUUCACUCGAGGUGAACAUGAGCGCCACAACCAACUCGACAAGCCUGGUCGGCUGGGUGGGCGAGCCCGCCAAGCUCACCUACAACAUCAGCGCCCGCGUCGGCGUCAUCGUCCAGUGCACCAGGAACGCCGACCACGUCACAUCAUACUACGUCCUGGAAACUACUCCGCAGGUUCCCGGAGAGGAAACCGUGGUGUGGAAUCGCUCCAUCAGCAUCAGCUCGCUGAAGUUCCGCGACGCUGGUGUGUACACGUGCGAGGCCCGAGUGCCCGUGCCGGGAGGCAACGAACCUCCGGUCGCGAACGUCUCCUGGACCCUGACCGUGGGGCGUCGUCCGCCCGCGUGCCUCGCCAACGAGUCGUGCACCGAGGGCCCGGGCCACAGCUGCUGGAGGGACCUCUGCACCUGCCGCUCCUCGGACAUGGGCUUCUUCUCCAAGAGGGGACGCAGGCGGUGCCGCCUCGCUGGCGCGCUAAGCCUAACGGCCAGGAUAACGGCUCUUCCACGCUCCGCGUUUGAUCUGCUCGAGAUCAGCUACUACCUCGUGACGUACGGCGACACGGUCGUCAAGUGGUACAGCGAUCAAGUGCGCAGCGGCCGCUCCGUCGCCAAAGUCAUGGUGGACUCUCCGCGGCGCCAGUUUGGUGGCGCCAUCUAUCUGCGGCGGCGAGAGUUCACCCACGGCGGCACCGUCAACGUGACCGCGGUGCUUUCCGGCACGCCGACGUCAAAAUUGGUGCAGAUCGACGUGCCCAAGAGCACGUACCAGAUCGGCGACGUUUGUAAAGAGGACGCCGAUUGCAGUAACGUUCAGGGAUUCUGCAUCAAGGGCCGUUGCUCGUGCACCGACAGCACGGGAAAAGACCACGGACGGGAAGUAGAUGGCCAAUGCGUAGCGUCCUGCACUCAACCCAAGGACUGCGACUCCGUGCAACACAGCCACUGCUUCGGCGGCGUCUGUCAAUGCUUUGACGGACUCCACCUGUACAACAGGAGCUGCGUACCGAACCGAUGUGGCGAGCACUUUCGCUGUUUGGUGAACGAAACGUGCGUCUCCGGGCGCUGCUUUUGCCGGCCGGGUUACAUGGUGGACAACGGAAGGUGUGUCCAGGCGGAGUGCUUUGCCGACGCGGACUGCAUCUGGAAGAACACGGAAUGCUCUUCGGGUCGAUGCGUUUGUCUGCCGGGCUACCGAGUCAUCGAGGGAGAGUGCGAUCGAGAGUACUUCGGCAGCUGCAGUCUGGGUUGCUCGUCAGUGCUCAAUAGCCAAUGCGGAGGCGGAGCCAUGUGCGUCUGCAGUCCUGGAUACGUUUACCGCGCCGUUGGCGGAUACGAGACGUGUUCACCCAUCGAGUGCCACCAUGGCCUCGCUUGUCCCGUACAGGGGGCCCACUGCGUGGACUACGCAUGCGCUUGCAACGAGGGCAACGAGUCUGUUUCAUGCAGGGAGGGAAGUGCCGCCAUGUUGUCCUUCUCCGAAGAAGAACCUCCUGCACGCGAGACUGUGCUGCUCCUCUGCGGCGGUGCGGUAGCCUUCAUGGCCGUCGGUGCCUUGCCCGUGCUGGUGUGGAGGCACCUGGGGCCGGGAAGGAAACUGAGGCGUCCUCCCACGGCAAGCACCGGAAGCGUCGGCCAGUACCUCUUGGCGUGGCCGCAGCACGCCGUGCCAAUCGCCGCCGUGCCGGUAGAGCCGGAGCCCGCCGCUAGGGCGCCCAAGAGACGAUACCCGUUUGAGGGGCACAACAUGUGACGAUGGAUAUGCGAAUGAAAAUGACGGCCUUGUGGUGGUUUGCUGCGAGAAUUUCUGAGAACCAUAAAUGAAUUCGUUCUAUUCCUCUAUAUGGUGGAACUACUUAGUUGCUAAGAAAUAACUAUCGA